UCCGUUUCCGCUCACCAUUCGAUCAUCGCGAAGCCGGCGUCGCAGCACAUGGCGGGCAUUUCUCGCCGUUAUUGUUAGUCGUUGCCGGCACUGGUGCCGUUGGUGUCGGCGUUAUGUUGACAGAUAUUCUCGACGUCGAGGAGAUAGAGCUCCUCGCGGAAGCCAGCAGGGCGAAGCUUGAGACCUACGUCUCCCUGAGCACCAAAACCACCGAAGAGCUCCGUGAAGAAAAUGCUCAGCUCAAGGCUCGAUGUGAGCGCAGCUCCUUCCAGCUGGAAGUGGCUCUGUCUGAGCACCGAGCUCAAGUUACUGCACUCGAGGAUGCGUGUGAGAAGGCCAAGCAACAGGCAGCACAGCUCGCAUCUGAGCUGGGCACCUGCCGAGUGGAACUGGAAGGUUCCAAGGCAGCGACUGCGGCCACCAAGGCUGAUAUGGAACUGAGCAAGAAAAACCUGGAGCAGGUGACAAAGGAGAAGCUGGAAUUGUUACAGGCUAUGGAGAAGCGAACUCAGGAGCUGUCGUCACUCAAUGAACGUGUGGAGGCGUUGCAGUCCGAGUUGAGCACCAGCCAGCAGCAACAGCGGGAGCAGGCGGUGCGUCUUGAGGAGCUUCAGUUGCAGCUACUCGCUGCGCAGCAUGGUGAGAAGCGCCUGCAGCAGGAGCGGGAGUUGAUACAGGCCCAGCUGGAAGAGCUGCGGGAGGAGGCCUCAACGCACCGGCAGGAGGCUGCACAGCUGCGCCGCAGCAAGGCAGGCCUCACCCUCGACCUGCAGGCGCAGCUUGACCACCAGAAGGAGCAGGUGAACUCUUUAACCAGGCAGUUGGAGUCGUGGCGUUCUAGCGUCGCUGAGAUGGAGGAGAGGUCAAGGACUACGGCUGCUCUUCUGGACGAAGCUCGGGAGGCGAAGACCAACCUUGAGACUCACUUCCAGAACGAGCUGCAGGCGCAGCGUAGGCUGGUCGACAUGCACAAGGAACUGUCCGAGAGUCGGCGACAGCGCAUCGAUGAGCUAGUGGCCACCCUGGAGGAGAUGCAGGCGCUGCUGCUGGAGACCCGGGCCGCGGCAGAGCGCUCCCAGGAGGCCCUGAAUGAGUGCCAGGCCAGCCACGAACAGGAGCUGGUGAAGCGGGAGGCUGCCAUCGAGGCGCUGCGCAAGGAGCUACAGCUGGCCAACUGCCUGCUCGAGGGAAAGGGCAGCAUUGUGGAGAAGCUGUUCCCUGCUGCACAUGUGUCGGGCCUGGCAAGGGAGUCCGGCCUGAGCCUGACGGAGCUGCUCUCGGAGCGGCUGGAGCAGCAGCGAGCGCUGGCACAGGCAAUCCGCGAGAAGGAAGCCUUGCAGCAGCAGCUUAGCGAACUCUCCCAGGAGUUAGCCGACAAGGUUCCCAUAGUGGCCCGCCACAUGCAGGAGUAUGAGAAGUGUGUGUCCAGCGUGGCCACUUUGAGGGAGCAGCUGACCAGUGCCCUGGUGGAGCAGGAGCAGCGAGCGCAUGAGCGGGACGAGGCACGGGCCGCACUUGCCCAUGCUGAGCGUGAGCUUCGCCGGUGGCAGCAGCAAGCGAAGGACCUCUCCCGACAGGUGUGUGAGCUGGUACGAGAGGUUGAGGAUGCCCGUGGUGGUGAUGUUCCCAUGUCGCAAGAACAGGAGAUCAGCUCAUCGAACGAGGAUGCCUCGCCUCCUAUCACUGCCUCCGAAGUGAUCUCCAAACAUCUCGUCACAUUCAGGAACAUCGAGGAGCUGCAGCAGAAGAACGCCGAGUUGCUGGCAGUGGUGCGAGAGCUGAGUGAGAAACAAGAAGAAGAAGAGAAGAAGGUCGCGGAAGAGAGGAGUUCGGAGAUACGAGAGAGGCUUGAGGGUGUGAUGGCCCAGCUGCAAGAACUGGAGCAGGAGCGAAACCGCCAGAUGGCGCUGGUGGCCUCCAUGGCACGUCAGCGUGACAUGUACCGCGCCCUGCUCACCAGCAGUGGCCGCAAGGACAUCGAAUUGCCCCCACCGAUGGAAGACGAAAGUAUCUUUGAGCCACAGGUGGCAUCGACGCCGGCCGUGGGUGGCAAGCGCACGCCUGACCGCCUGCCGGGCAAGCCCCCCAGGCCGGGGCCUCAGGAACCCAAGGCAGCCCUGGCGGAACUCCAGCAAGAGUUUGACACCUACAAGAAGGAAAUGGCCGAGAACCAUAGGAUGGUGACGGAGCAGCUGUCGGCAGCCCGCGAAGAGACCCUGCAGCUGCGACUGGAUGUGGCUCGGAAGGAGGCGGAGCUGACGCACGUGCAGGAACGGCUGAAGCUGGCGCAGAACAGCCUCGAGCCGCUGCAGCAGGAGGCCGCCACGCUGCGCGAGCGCUGUCACCACCUGGGCGACAACCUGGUGCAACAUCAGCAGGCACUUACAACCCUCAGACAGGAACUCUCGUCAGCACAGGAAGUGGCGUCCCGGGCCGAAGUGCUUUUGGAGAGUGCACGGGCUGAGCGAGACCAGCUGCGUGAAACGAACCUGCGCCUGGAGCGGGACUUGGAGACAUUGCGUCAGGAGAAAGGUUCCCAGGCACGCAUCCUUAACAACCUGCAGACGCUGCAGCUCAACUUGGAGCGUAUGGAUUCUGAGCGUAAUGCUGCUGACCAGGCCAAGAUGUCCCACCUGGAGCUUCGGUGCGAGUCGCUGCAACGACAGCUGGAGGCACAGGCGGAGCAGCAGGCUUCGCUGGCAGCUGCCUGGGAGAGGCAACUGCGUGAGGCCCAGGAACGUGCAGCGGCGGAGGCGGAGCGGUCGCGCAAGUCCACUGACGAACUGGUCGAUGCAUAUGCACAGCUUCAUCAGGCACGCCAAGAACUCUGUGAAAAGCAGUCACAUCUAGCACGCAGCGAAGCCUCAGCUGAGUCAGCAGAAGUGAGCUCACUCAGGAGCCUCCUGACCAAGACCCAGGAAAAGGUCAAAGAACUCCAGACAGAGCUGCAAGCUGUACAGCAGCACUCGGAAUCCCUACAGGCGGUGUGCACUCAGGCUGAAGCACGCCUCGCUGAGCAAGACACCCUCAGCGGUCAUUGCCGUGAGGCUUUGGAACAGGUACAGCAGGCAAAGCGUGAUCUGGAGGACAAGGUGGCUCAGUUGGAGCAGCAGUGCCACGAGUUGGCCAAUGAGAAGGUGCGCCUUCACGAGGAAAACAAGGCCAAGGUUGAAGAUCUGGAGAAGCAGCUGGCAGCCACUCGCAACGAGCUGGUCGAAGCCCAGAGCAAGGUUGCGGACAGAGCACGGAGGGACGCUGAGCACGUCCUUGACCAGGACGUGCAGCAUUCGCUUGUCAAGCAGGCCCAAGAGAAGUAUGAACGAGAAGUCUUGCUGCAUGCGGCUGACAUUGAAGCCCUCUCGGCAACGAGGGCAGAGUUGGAUCAAGUGCGGCAGGACAUUUCUCGACUGGAGCAGCAGGCCAAGGGUGCCGAGGACACUCUGACAGCUGCUCGCGAGUCUUGGUCUCAGCAGGAACAGCAGCUACGUGCCGAGAAGGAUGCGCUGGCCAAGCGGGUCGAGGAGCUGUCGCACCAGAACUCCCUGCUGCACCAGCAGAUGGAAAUGCUCAGCUCUCAGGUGGCGGUGCUGCAGCAGAAGACAUGGCCCGAGACACCGGUAGCUGACGGUGCAGCUGGUGCCGUCGGCGGGGACCGCAGCAUGGAACAGCUUCGCGAGGUGGUGAACUUUCUGCGCCGAGAGAAAGACUUGGUGGCAGCACGAGCCGAAGCAGCCGAGGCGGAGUGUUCAAGGCUCACCGUGCAGCUGGAGCAUCGGUCAGCCAGUCUACGACAGGCGCAGCAGGAAUUGCGCGCAGAGCACGAGCGGGCACUGGCCCGUGCCACCAGUGACGCCCAGCAUGCAGAGCUUCUCCGCAAGGUGGAGAUGGUGCAGUUGCUAACAGAGAGCAACCGAGCGCUCCGGGACGAGCGCACAGAGCUGGUGGACAGCAAGCAGCAGCUGGAAGGGCGGUGUGCUCAGCUCGAGCGGGAGCUGGGGCCCCUCCGCGAGGAGGUCCGUUCUCGUGCCGCCCAGGCCGAGGCUUUGCAGGCGGACGUAAGCUUCCUCCGGACUGAGGUGCAGCGCUGGCAGCAACGCACCAACCAGCUGCUCGAGCAGUCAAGCCGUACCGACCCAGAGGCCUUCCGCAAGCUAGCGGAGGAGAACACCAGCCUAAAGCGGGAGACACACAACCGUGGCGAGGAGCUGGUUGCCGUAAAGCGGCAGCUGGCAACAUAUCGGGACGAGAUAGCGGACUACAAGCAGCGACUCAACGCAGCCGCGGAAGAGACCAAGGCUGUGCGUGCCGAGCUGUCGUCACAGAUUGCUGCGCUGCAGAGGGACACACAGAAGGAGCUUCAGGCAGUUCGUGCUGAAUCCGACCAGCUCAAGGCCGAGGCAGAGAAGGCAGCCGCCGAGCUGCAGUCGCUCCGCACAGACAAGGAGGAGAAGCUGAAGACAAUUGUGCAGGUGAAGAAGAUAGCGCGCCACUACCGCAGCCAGUUUGAGGAGUUGAAGGCCUCCAAGGAGGCCCUGGAGAAGCGUGUCUCCGAGCUGGAGGAGGCUCAAGCGAAGGCCGAGACCGAGGGCGCACAGGCGCGCUCCGACCUGGACACCAGCGUGCGGCAGCUCCAAGAACGCCAGGUCAGCCUCACCCAGGAGCUGGACCGUGCCAAGGCUGAGAAUGUGCAGCUUGUGUCUGAGAAGGAGCAGGCGAACAACGCAGCCAACCAAGCCAAGGGCCUCAUCGUGCAGGCACGCAAGCGCAUUGCCGACUUCAACACCAAAAAUGAGGCCUUGACCAAGGAGAACCAGACGCUGAAGCAGAACCUGGAGGGUCUCAACCAGCGCAUCACCUCCAUGGAGCAGAUGAAACAGGAGACUGCGUUGCGGGAGAGCAGCCUGCGGUCGCAGUUUGAGGGGAGGCUGCUGCGCCAAGAGAAGGAGAUGCGCGACACCCGCGACGCCCUCGACCGGGCUCAGCGUCAGGUGGAUGAACUCACCCAGAAGCUGAAUCAGCAGCAGCAGAAGCAAGCUAAACCUACCAUGGUAACUGCGCCUGUGGAGAGGACAAGUGGCCACGGAAGCGGCGCACCUAGCGAGCCAGUGACAGCCAACGUGCGCCCGCUGACGCCACCUCCGCAGAGUGCAGCCGCGCUGCAGCGCCCAGGACCCAGCGGGGCGCGGCUUACCCCUACUGCUAGCAUCCGGCCCAUCACCCAGGCUGCUCGCCUCGCCGCCGUGGCACCCACAGCGGCCCUGCCCACAGCUUCUCAGCCUCCAGAAGUGGAAGUACAGAGCCCAGCAGUGUCAACAGCACCGGCAGCAGCUUCACUAGCAGCGGCAGCUACAGUCCCCACCGCGACGGCAUCCACAGCAGUGUCCACUGCGGUCCCUGCAGUGGUCCCUGCGUCGGUACCUGCAGCGGUCCCUGCGUCGGUCCCUGUGUCGGUCCCUGCAGCGGUGUCUGCAUCGGUCCCUGCAGCGGUGUCUGCAUUGGUCCCUGCAGCUGCGUCCGUGUCGGUCGCUGCUGCAGUGUCUCCUACGCCUGUUGCGCAGCAAGCCGAGGUGCAACCAGCCACGGUGGUUGUGGCGCCUGUUCAGGAGCCCACCUCUGCAACAUCCGACAUCUCAUUUCCCGGGACAGACUCUGGUGUAGAGCUUGUGGUGCCUACCAGCACGGUGUCGGUCACCGUCACACCGUCAGCACAACCAGCGGAGCCCAGCACUGCAGCUGCAGCACCAGACGAGGGCCCAUCGUCAGCUUCUGGAGGAGGAGGAGGAGGAGGAGGACAUAAGCGGCCUCGGGAUGUGGACCAGGAGCCAUCCAGCUCAGACACACAGAGCAGCCUGGGGUCCGCUGCACCACGGUCCGAGUCACCGCUCUCCAAGAAGCUCAAGCCGUCUGUGAGCACUGCUGAGGUUGUCUGCACCCAGGAGGCCUCAUCCUUGGUUGAACCUAUUGAGGAAGGUGUGUCGAGUUCUCUCGCUGGAACCAGUGCAGAAGAGCCACAGCAGUCCACCACGGUGGAUGACGUCAUUGUUGUCGAAAGCGACGAUGAUGCAAUUGAAGAGGAGCAGCCGAAGACCGAACAGUUGGAGGGGGCCGAGUCUGGCAUGGAGGAUGAUUACGAAGAUGAAGAGAUGAACGUCACGUGUGGCACAAGUCGUGGCCCCGGAGAAGCAGAUGUGCCGGAAGAGGACAUGGCAGAGCCAGAGUCGCUGGAUGACAAUGAACGGGACAUGGACGAUGCCAAUGAGAUUGAGAUUGUAGACCUCGGCGAUGAAGCGGGCGAGGACAAUGAAAUGGAGGAGCCCCUGGCUGAGGAUGAAGACGGACAGCAGAGCUCGUCUGAGCCCGUUGAGGAAGAGGAAGAACUCCAACCUGCCGUCAACACAUCCUCCGCGGCGGAGGUGCCAGCGUCCUUACUGGUAGCGCCUUCGUUGCUGCAGCAGCACAGGCCUUCCCUGCUGCCCCGAGUGCGCAAUGAGCGGCUGGCGUCGAGUCAGAGUGCUGCAGGCUUUGAGGAAGGCGAUGACAGCAUCGUGCCCAGCACACCAACCCUCUUUGUGCCUCGAAGGACUGACGGCUUUGCCGAGGCUGUCGGCUCUCCUCACGUGCCCCAUGGAGGCUUUGUAUUCGGCAGUGCAUCCGAAGGGCCAUCUGCACCGGAGCCAUCUGGUCUGUCGCAACUUGCAUCUCAGGAAGGUGUGGGAGUAGACGACACACGGAUGGACCUAUCGCACUUUGAGGAAGGUGGUGGCCGUAGUGUGCCGUCAACGCCACUGCAAAUCUCUCCGACUGAAUCGCGAGACACGUCGUUGUUCCAAGGAGAGACAACUGUGGUGGAGGAACCCCCUGAGGAAACGCCCGAGGAAGCGGCGGCCAGCCAGGAAGAGGAGGAGGAGGAAGAAGAGCCCGGACCACUUGUCGUGAGCAGCCCACCCUCUGUCCUGGUCAUGGAGGCUCCAGAGUCUGCCGAAGGGCCUUCAACUGCCGUCGAAGUUCUUCCGAUUGUGGAAGAACCUGCAGAGCCAGAAGAGUCACCAGCAAAGGCAGAGCCAGCAGUCAUUCAUUCAUCACCACCCACUAUUGUCAUCUCUCCUGUGCCUGUUCUUGAAGUGACCCCAGAGGAAAGAGAAGAGCUGCUGCUAUCAGAAGGGGAAGCAACCGACACUGGAGCAGAUGUUGGGUCUGAGGCGCAGGCUUCAGAGGAGCCAGCAACCUCAGGUGGAGAAGCUUCUGCAGCGACGUCACCUGGAGGGCCAUCGCAACAGCAACAGCAGUCGACGCAGCAGCAGGCACCGCCGCAGCGCCGGCGCAUUGUGUGGGAGGAGCCCGAGCCGGCCUCGAGCUCAGUGGCAGCAACGCCGCCGCCCUCUGUGGCGACGGUGGUGCAAGCCGCAGUGGGUGGUGCCCCAACAUCACCGAGCCCCGCCCACUUCCCAACACCUCCGCCUGCGCACGCGACGGCACCUACUGCCGCGGCCGGCGCCACCAGCGGGUCAGCCAUGGCGUCAACACAGCCGCAGCAGCAGCAGAUGCAGCAACAACAACAACAACAUAGGAGUCCCAAUAUGGUUCGCGGUCUGCGCAGCCGCCGGGUGCGCCUGCGAGGCUCGUUGCCACAGGGUCGAGGGGCUGGCCUCCAGAGUAGAGGGGCUGGGCCCCAGGGUAGAGGGACUGGCCCCCAGGGUCGAGGGGCAGGACCCCAGGGUCGAGGGGCCGGCCCCCAGGGUCGAGGGGCGGGGCUUCAGGGAAGGGGCCACCCAGUGCGAGGUGCAGCAGGACUCAUGUGGAGUCCGAACUGGAGGGGAAGUGGCCCUCGGAGCCGUGGUCCACACCCGUUCUGAGCUGUGUGGGUGCGUUUCAAGGCGGGGCCAAGUAGUCGCCGAACAGAGAUGCAGGGGAUAGGUGUGGGUUCUUGAUGCGAUAGGGAAACACAUAGAGGAACUAAGGGCACAGCGAUUGCUGACACUUCAGAGGAGUGGCAAUAGUUGCUAGCACAAUGUUGCAACUCUUUCUGUGAGCCAUCAUCAUUUUCAUGAGUGCUUGUAUAGUUUUCGCAUUGACAAGUAUUUUUUUUUUCUAUUUUACCGAGCAGCACUUGAGAGAGGGAAAAUAUUGAUUGCAAAGGAGUGGCAGAAGUGUAGUUUGUGUGAAAGGAAGCUCACAUUGUUGUGAUGGCAUUAUUUCACAGAAGUUCUGAAUGAUAGAGCUGGUCUAAAUGACAAUGAAUGCAUGUGCCCGAAGAUCAAACUAAAUGAAGGGCACGUACUGCUGGAAGGACUUUGCAGUUAAGGGGUGCAAGCUAACACAAUGCACCAUAUCACCAAUUUUUCCCGUGGGCCUCACCUGGUACUUCAGCAGCAGCGAUGCAAGCCUUCAAUCUUUUUAUUCAUUAGUGCCUUUGGUGCAUGGCAACUUCCCAGUAUCUCCGAGUCGCGUGAAUGUAGGUCCACGUGCAAAAUUGCUAGAGUGUUUAGUUGUGUGAACUUACCCUUAAGGAAAGCAGUUAGUGGCACACAACAGGACAAUGUGAGUAAAUUCACAACUGCUUUGAAUGGCUGCAGUGUUUUUAAUGUGUGGUCGUGGCAGGAUACAGUGACAUGCCAAUUUCAACCUAGCGGGUGAUUGAGCGAGUGAUUAAGGUGAGCAGCUAUCAGCUAGGUGAACAGGUUAGCAGGUGAUUAAGGUGACCAGCGAUCACCAGUCAUUUCUAAAACGCUAGAAUCCAGCCAUGCUUGAAACAAUGGCCAACCAAGUAGCUGCCCGCUCUCCGAGUUUUGUUGGCAUGCACAACUGGCUGUCACAGACACCUGUGCAAUCAGUUGUCACAACUGAAUGCUCGUGUUAAGGAGGUCUGCACUAAACCACCCAAACAGUUUAAUCCCCCUUUCUUAGAUAUUCCUCAACAUGAGAUACUUCCUUCACUCCUGUCAGCAGACAAUGUUGCCACCUUUUGGUUUAGAAGAAGCAAAGAAGUGUUCCAAUAACCCUUCUUCAUGUAACAAGCGGUUUGCUUGAGAAAUACUUCUCUAUGCCAUCACAUUGGAGUUGACACUUAAACUGUUUGGUAACACAAAUAUACGUCAGGAAUUUUGUUCCUAGAUACUUCCAGUGUGUGCUCCAAGGCGAUGACUUAGAUGAACGUCUCUCAAGCAACUCCUCAUGUUAGUAACCACUAAGUUGCAUUAUUGAAAUGCACGGGGUAGUUCAAUCAAGGAGGUGCCUCAAGUUCUGGUAUGUUUAAGAACGCAAAGAGGCGAUUCACCUGAGAAACCUGUUGCUUUCCCCAUGCGUUGACACUCAUUUGCUGUACAGCACAGUCACUUGUCUCUCCAUUUAUUCUGUUGUGCAUUUUUUAUGCUGAUUCAUGCUCUUUCCGAGACACCUGAGCACCGUGCUUCAUAUCAUCUCAUUCUCCAGCUCCUCAUCUAUCAUGCUUUGUUUGUCUCAAUACGCCAAAGCUUUCUGAAACUUGCUAUCACUAGCUUCUUUCUUAAGGCCAAGGAAGGGCUGAGAUGAAAAAAAUGUGGCUGUGACCAAUACAUCUUGUCUUCUUUUUGUCUCAAUUCCUGUUCUUUUUUUUUUGUUCUUUUGGAACUGAAGACAUGACCUCUUUUUCCUGGUAAAAUUAAUACCACAUUUCUGCAUAGUUCACAUUCUUUUCACCACAGUUACGCUUCUCAGGGUAUAAUAUCAUAAAUUUGAGGCCUUUUCGAUGCAUAAGUCUCAUCUCUCAUUACUUAGCAUUCAAUCUGUGCAUAUUUUAAUUGGUUUGAAAAGUAUGUAUCUCCUGUUGGGGUGGCUAUUACAGAUAGGUUUAAAGAGAGUCUAAUUGUUUUAGUUGUUACCUAAACCUGUGUUCAUGUUUCUUUCCGGGAGUGAAAGUUUUUACUUUAGAAGGGCAGGCGUUUUCUUGCUCAGGAUGAUGACAAGGCUAUGUCUUUAGAGCUGGCUGCUGCACUAGUUCUUGCAAACUGUCAGCCUUUAGGAACUGGGUUCUUGAAAUACGUUUACCUUCUCUUUUUUUUUAUGUACAGCACAAAACUUGAAUGUCCUGUUGACCAGGGUUGCGCUGAUCUUCACUUGAGUGCAUUUCAUGUGAUGUCACAACUACUGGAGCCAAUCAAUGUAACAUGUGCAGUUUAGUGUAACAGGAGAUGCUGUCUGUUCACAUGACUUUGUGGUCAAGUAGGUCUUGGUUUCAGAACUUGCAGUAGCAGGGUGCUCUCAUUGCUUCCCAAGUGGUGUAUGCCUGAUUGUGCUUGCGGAGUGUUAAAAAAAAAAGAAAAUUAAAAACAAAAUUUUCGGCACACUC